AUGUCGUACUCCGACGAUGACGGUGAUUAUGGUAACUAUGACAACGGCUACAGUGACAGUGAUACCACUCAUCAGUCCUUCUGCGCAAAGAUUGGCUCGAGUCUGAUGGGAGUGCUGGUGGGCCUGGUAUUAAUAGUAGCGUCUGUUAUCUGUCUCUUCUGGAAUGAG